AUGCGCCUCUUCAGGACUCUACCGCUAGUCGUCGCGGGACUUAUCGCGCCCUGCCUCUCGGGCGCCUUUCCCUCGUCUACAUCGCAGGAUGCGGCGGCCACGUUUUUGGAUCGACUGCUUGUCGACACGCGGGGUCUGGGCGAUGUCCCUCAGCGGCAGCCUUCUUCGCUACUUGUAGAUUUGGGCUACGCCAAGUAUGAAGGGUACAACAACGCCACCAGCGGCCUCAAUAUCUGGAAAGGCAUCCGCUACGCAGCUCCGCCGACGGGUUCACAGCGCUGGCAACCGCCUCGUCUCCCUUCAUCCAACGACACGGUCACCGGUGGCGGGGUCCCGGUGACGGCAGCAACCGAGUUCGGCCCCAUCUGCCCGCAAAACUACCCCGCCGUCCCGGGUCUCCCCUUCAUCCCCGGUGAAGAAGAUUGUCUUUUCCUAAACGUGUACGCGCCCGCCGACGCCAAGGAUUUGCCGGUGCUGGUGUACAUCCACGGCGGUGGGUACGGCUACGGUGAUGGGAGGAUUGACAUGUCGGAGAUUAUUGGGGCGAAUGAGGGUGGGUUUGUGGCUGUUGUGAUUCAGUACCGGCUCGGCGCGUUAGGGUUCCUUUCCUCUGCGGACGUCAAGGCUCGCGGUGUCGUGAACGCGGGACUUCUGGACCAGGCUUUUGCGCUUGCUUGGGUCCAGCGCUUCAUCGACCUGUUUGGCGGAGAUCGUGGAAAGGUCACGAUUGCGGGGGAGUCGGCGGGCGCCGGGUCGGUGAUGUAUCACACUCUCGCCGUGGACGGUAGUCUUGGGACGACGCUCUUCAAGAACGGGAUCGCUGCUUCGCCGUAUCUUCCCUUCCAUUAUGACUAUGACGCGACGUUUCCGACGGCGCGAUACCAGGCAUUUGCCGAGAAGGCGGGGUGCUCGUCGUCUGUCGAUGUUCUUGCGUGCCUUCGUGGGAAGGAUAGUAUGACGCUGCAGCUUGCUAGUGCGAACACCACGUUUGAACAGCCGUAUGGGUUCUGGGCUUUCUACCCUGUGACGGACGGCGUAUACAUCAAGAGCCUGCCGACUGAGCAGAUGAAGCAAAAAAGAGUCAAUGGAGAGCGUCUCCUCGUCGGUCAUAACGCCAAUGAAGGACCUCUCCUCACCCCGCCCAACAUCGUCAGCGUCGCAGACUUGACGUCCUGGCUGAAGCUCGAGUUCCCCAACCUCUCGGCGGGCCAAAUCGACGAGAUCCUCGCCGCGAAUCCAACAAAGACAGGCGCGAACGAUACUCGCUUCGAGACGAACGGGUUGGCGGGGCUUACGGCCCUUGACGUGAGCCAAUCUGGGACCGGACAACAGCAGAGAGCAAACAACAUCUACGCCGAGGCAACAUUCGUGUGCCCCAGCUACUGGCUCUCCGACGCCUUCACGUCGCCAAAGUCGUCGUGGCACUACCAGUACUCCGUCCCCUUUGCCUGGCACACGGCCGACAUCCCAGGCUACUUUGGCCCCGCGACACCGAACCAGGGCCCGGACAUUGUCCUCGCCUUCCGCAAGAUCUGGGGUAACUUCAUCACGGGCGAUGACCCCUCCAUCAGCAAUGAUAUCGCCAACGGAGCUUCCGGUGCCGACGCGGGCGCCGAGAAUGGGGCGAGCAAGUGGCCUGUCUGGACGGAGGAGGCACCGAAGCAGGUGAACCUGAACCAGACGGGCGGCGUUCCGUACGAGUUUACGACUUCGUGGGGGGCGCGGGUUACGCAGUUUAUGGCGCCGGGACAGGUGAAUGAUAUCCGGGUUGUCCCUGCGGAUGUAUGGGAGGGUGGGCGUGGUGCCAGGUGUGGAUUUUGGAGGGGGUUGGCUCCUAGCAUUCCGGCGUAG